AUGGCUUCCUUCAUCUCGGAGGCUCAGGCCGAGCUCAUCAGGUGCGCUAGACCCGACCGAUUAGAGAUGCUUCCGGAUGAUAUCCCCAUCAAGCUGAGAUGCGCCAUCUGUAACAAACUGGCCGUCAACGCUUUUCGACUGCCUUGCUGCGAGCAGGCCAUCUGCGACUCCUGCCAAUCGAACCUCCACUCGUCGUGUCCCGUCUGCGAGCACUCUCCCCUCUCGGCCGACGAUUGCAACCCUAACAAGUCGCUGCGCACAACGAUAAAGGUGUUCCUACGCACCGCCGAGAAGAAGAAGGAGGCUCAGCGUACCAAGGAGGCGGCAACGCCAGCCGAGCCGGCGCAACCGACCGAGUCCACACCUGCUCCUGCGGCCGCGGUUGUAUCAGAGGCACUCGAGCCCCGGCCCUGCCUAGGUGCCCAUGGUGAUGCAGCCCAGCAGGGUGCGCCUCCUGCCGCCGAGGCGACCGGAGAGCCCGCGAGACCGGCGGAACAGACCGAAGCAGCGGUUGAUCAAGGACCGGCCGUGGCCGAGGACGACGAGACCCAGCAGUCCGCCGGCGGUGAAGAUGCCGUCGUUUCGGCCGACCGAGAGCAAGCCGACGACCAGCGGGACCAGACGGAAACGACGGAAGGAGUCCAGACCGCUGGAUCGGAGCAGGUGACUGGCGGGAUGAAUAACAACGCGGGCGACUUCAACCAGAUGCAAAUGAUGAUGGCGAUGCAGAAUGGCAUGGGGGCCAAUUCCUUUGGGGGAAUGCCCAUGAUGGGCAUGCCGGGGAUGGGCAUGGAUCCCAUGAUGAUGCAAAACAUGUACAUGAACGGUGGCUUUCAAGGCAUGGGCAUGAAUGUAAUGGGAGGCUUCGGAGGCGGAUUUGGCCAAGGCUCGAAUCACAAUUGGAACGGAUCGCAAUCGUGGACUUUCGACCAGAAUAAUUUCAAUCAAAGUGGCCCCAUGGGCGCUGGUGAUUUUGGGAAUUUUAACUCGGGAUUCGUCCAGACAGGAUACAACAACAAUCAAGGUGCCUAUGGCGGUGGCCACCAGUUCCAAGAUUACCGUCGCGGCGGGGGCAACUUCUAUGGCCGUGGUAGAGAAGGUCGCGGACGCGGCUUCUAUGCUGGCGCCUACGGACAAGGACGAGGAGGCGGUCAUCACUACAACCAGAACGGAGGUGCCGUGAGCAGCCACAACGGCAGCUACCAGGACCAGCAGCAGCAGCAGCAGUUUCAACAGGGGCCCGCCCUCCGGAGGGAAGGCUCCAUCAUCUCCACGCAAGAAGGGGGAGCGGCCUCAGUAGCCGGAGGGGGUGACGGCGCCCCUGACGCACAGACGAUGACAUCUCGUGAGGCUUCGCAAGACGCAGUAGGGACCAACACGGACACGGGAGGGGCUCGUUCUGCAGUGCCGGACGUCCCCGUCAAUGCGCCCAAGGGCCCCAAGGCCAUGCGCCAAGGUCUUCCCAACUCGACCUUCCAUCACGCCCGGCCUAGGGGCCUCCAGCUCGGCGACCAGCAGCAGCAGCAGCGACGGCAGCCAGGACAGUCCCCGGCAGGCCCGAUGAGCGACAGCCGGCCGUCCCGUGAACCCAGCCCCUAUGCCGCCGGACCGGGCAGUCGAGACCACAGCCGUACGGGACGGGAGGCGUCGCGCCAACCGUCACAGCCACCACCGUUUCCGACGAACGGCAACGGCGGCCACCACGGCGGCCACGGCAGUAUCGUCUCUCACAGGCAGGAUCAGGAGCAGCAGCCGCGUCAGCAAGGCGACGACAACGAAGAGCCGUCGUCGUCGCGUCGCCGCAGGAAGCAUAGGAGCCACAAGUACGACGACGACCGCCACGACAGUAGAGCCGACGAAGAGUACCAUCCCCACUCCAGGGACGAGAGCGCCCGACAUGACAGACAGGCGGACCGAGAGCGUUCCCGCUCAGCCUCACCAGACAGCAAGAAGUCGUCGGGCCAUCACCGCAAGAGCGGCGGCAGCCGCAGGGAUCGCGACCGGGACCGGGACCGGGACCGCGACGACGACCGACGCCGAGAUCGCGACCGCGACAGGGACAGGCAUCGCGGCGAUGACGACAAGAGGCCGAGCGGACACCACCAUCGUCACCGGUCAUCGCACCACGAACACGAAUCGUCGUCUUCCUCGCGACGUCGCGACAGAGACUGGGACCGUGAGCGUGAGCGUGAGCGCGAUCGUGAGCGUGACCGAAAGGAUGGCAACGGUCGAAGCCGCGGCUCCAGUCGUCGAGACGCGGAAAAGGAGAGGGACAGGGACAGGGACAGGGACAGGGAUAGGGAUAGGGAUAGGGAUAAGGAUAGGAACAGGGACAGCCGCAAGCACACUUCCAAGAACGGAGACGCACCAGCGAGCACCGCGACACCUGCUGCUGCCGCCGCUCCCACCCCGGCUGCAGCCAAGGACGCUCACACGCUUGAGCGUGAAGCCCGCAACAGGGAGAGACUCAUCAAGGAGGCGCAGCGUCUAGCCGGUAUGAGGGGAUCCAAGAGGUCGAGGGGUAGCAAUGAUGACGGCGGCGGUGGGGAUGCCGACCAUGGUCGAAGGAGUAAGAGAUCUAGUAGACGGGAUGAAGAUGAUUAUCGUAUCAGGAAGAGCAGGGACUGA